AUGGCUCCAUCAACAUGUUGCAAGAAGGGCGAGAACGCCAGCAAUGGUUGUGUUUGUGCAACCCAAGCCAAAUGUUCCUGCGGCGAAAAGAAAGCUCUCGAAUGCACCUGCGCCAAAUCCGAGAGUGAAAACAAGGUCGAGGGUGCCAGAUGUUCUUGCCGUGCCCGUGCAGCCGGAGCUUGUACCUGCGAGCGUUCAGCUGAGGAAAACAAGGUUCCUUCUGGAGACCUCUGUUCAUGUGGUGCUAGACCUGCUGAUGCAUGCACCUGUGAGAAAGCUACAGAUGGUGGAUUACUUCCUACUGAGACGGAUUUCACUACUAAGGCUUAG